CGCAGAGACAAUAUAUUUGCAAACUUUCAAUAUGUCAUAGCAAUUUUCGUAUUAUUCCGUUUUUUAAAUAAAUUUAAAUUUAUAAGAUAUGUAACAUUUUAUAAAAAAACUCAUAAAUUAUGAUAUUAUUACAGAUAUAGUCUAGAUAGAAAAAAAAGUUAUAAAAUUGUAUAUUAUAUUUAUUUAUUCAUAUCGAGUAUGCAUGGUUUCAUUUAAUUUAUUGGUGGUAAAAUGUCCACGUCAGAAUCUGGUGUGGGAUGUAUUAGUGAAGUAACACUUGCAAUUAGUAAAGCAAAAGGUUCUCAAUCAGGCACUGUUAGAACAUUGGAUAGUCCGGACUCUGAUGGAUCUGGACAUUCAAAUUCAUUUACCGUGCAACGGUUUAAUUAUUCUAAUAAUGAUGGUGCAAACUCAGAUAUUUUGCACCCUCCAUUAACUAGUGAUGACUUAAGAAUACCAAUUGUUGGAUAUGAAGUUAUGGAAGAAAGAGCUAGAUUUACAGUUUAUAAAUUACGAGUAGAAUUAAAAAAUGGAGAUUGUUGGUUUGUAUUUAGAAGAUAUACAGAUUUUGUUCGUUUAUUAUCACAAUUAAGAAGGCAGAAAAUUCCAAUUUCACAAUUAAGCUUACCAAGAAAAAAAUGGCUUGGUGAUAAUUUUGCACCAAGCUUUUUAGAAGGAAGAAUACGCGGUCUUCAAGCAUUUGUUAAUGGAAUAUUAAGCAGUCCUCUUCUCAUAGGAACUGCAUGUGUGAGAGAAUUUUUUUGUUUAGAUGAACCACCUGCUUUAUCUGAUACUGCAGAAGAAUCUAGAGCAAUUUUUGAAGCAUUAGAAGAUACUAUAUAUCAUUUAAGACAGCAAUUAAAAGAAAGAGAUUCUGCUCUUGCAGCAGAAACAGCUUUAUGUAAUGAAUUUCGCAAAAAAUUACAUCAAAUAUUAAGUGAAAGACAAACUUGUCCAAAAUGUAGUGCAUCUCAAUAGCAGCUUCUUAUAAACUAGAAACUUUUUAUAAAUUGAUAUUGAUAAAAUAUUUUAUGCAAAGACUAGUAUAAAUAAGCAGUAUAAAUAA